GCGGCCAUCCCACCCCCUUGAAGCCGGAAGUGGAGGUGUAAGAGGGGAUAGAGGUGAAGCCCUGAGUGUGGGAUUGGCUGGGAAGCUAUGGUCAGGCCUAAUCAACCAGGAAGCAGCAGGGAUGAACAUGUGAAAAUCACAAAUCAGAGGAAGCAGGGAUUCCUGGAACGUCUUGGAGAGACGACAGGGGGAAUGCUGGUGGGAGUGCUCAUCUUUAUCUUCUCGUUCUACCUCCUCUUCACUAAUGAGGGAAGAUGUGUCAGAACUCAGAACUCCCUGAAUGAGGGUCUUUCUCUGGUGGUGUCCUUGAGUGAUGUCUUUACUCCUUUACCUCAAAAUGAUGGGAAACUUGUGCAUCUGACUGGCUCGCUGAUGACACUGCAGCCACUUUAUGACCCAAACUAUGGGAUCUCUCUCCAUGUGGUGAAGUUGCAGCGUCGUGUGGAAAUGUACCAGUGGGUGGAAUAUGGCGAUUCCAGGGACUAUGAAGAAGAUGGUGAGAAGAAGAUUGAGACAAGGUAUUCCUACAAUACGGAGUGGAAACCAGAGGUCGUCAACAGCAGAAGCUUUGACCGUGAAAUUGGGCACAAGAACCCAAGCUCAAUGCCAGUGGAAUCGUUCACAGCUGUGGCCUCAGAUGUCAAUGUCGGCAAUUUUCACUUCUCGAAAGGACUAAUCGACAAGGUCAACACGUUUAAGAGGAUCCAGCUGGCCAAGUUUGAAGGCCCUCACAGUGACAUUGUGGUUUAUGAUGAUUACUUUUACCACAGCAACAACCCCAGGCACCCAGAGGUCGGUGAUCUUCGUGUUUCCUUCUAUUACGCAGGGCUCAGCGGAGAGUGGUCCUUCAUGGGCCGACCGGAUGUGGUGACUGUUGUGGCACGUCAGCGGGGGGACCAGCUGCUACCGUACCAGACACAAUCGGGGAACGUUCUGGAACUGCUGUAUGAGGAGUCACUGUCGGCGACGGAGGUUUUUGAAAGGGAGCACGCUGCGAAUUCGAUGCUGACCUGGGGAUUACGGUUUGCUGGUUGGAUGCUGAUGUUCCUCGGCAUGAAGCUCAUGACAAAGAUUUUCCACACAAUCGUGGACUGGGUCCCAAUCAUCCGGGACUUGGUCAGCCUGGGCCUGACUGUUUUUGCUGGGUGUGUAGCCACGUCGUUGACACUGCUGACCGUAGCCCUGGGCUGGCUCUUCUACCGCCCCCUGGUGGCCCUGCUCCUGGGCUGCUUCUCUCUUGUGCCCAUCCUGAUUGUGAAGUCCCGUGACCGCCCAAAGAUGCUCUGAGCUUCGAGGAAAAGCAGACAUUGGUGUGUGCCCUCUUUACUUCCUUUCUCAACUGGGGCUGCCAAACAGCUGUCUUCAAAAAAAACGUAAACCCCUGUUAUUGUUCACAUCACUCCCUGUACCUACAACAAUCCUGAGACACAAAUGGGUUAUCUAUAAUGUUCUCCUUUGGCCUGUUUUCUGCAGCUUGUCCUGGUCACUAUCGUUGAGCUCCUCCUGCAGUAGUCACGCUCAGAUUGCCUGAUUCUGGGGUUUGCAUUUGUACUUGUCACUGGCCCAGAGUAAAAUUGUUUGUUGUUAAAAUUUGAGACAACGUGCGUUUGCAAUAAUCUAUCAGCAUGAGACUGUGCUCAGUUUGCGUCUCUGCCAAUGUGCAGUCUGAUAAGGUUCUAGUUUGUGUUUGAAGGGUUUGAUGAAAUGGAACUUUUGUUACAAACAAAUAUAUUUUUGAAAUAAAACACCACCAAGUUGCAUUGA